AAUACAAAGCCCACAAAUAAAUUUUCAGGGCUACUCUCAGUCUAGGACCUUUUUUCCUGGGAUUCGGGAGAAGGGUUUUUUUUUUUUUUCUUUUCCAAUUAUUAGGGACUUGCUUUUGCUCUCCAAAGCUUUGGAAAUGUAUGCUGAAACUGAGCAUUUGCUUCCUUAUUUCCAGAAUUUCUCUGAUGAAUUUCAACUAGCAAAGGAUUUCUGUAAAACCCACAAGCUUGAUUCUCCAUUGAGCAACAUGGUUCAGACAUCAACAGUAUGUGAAUACAACAUGGGAGGUGAAGGUGACCUAUUCAAAGCUCCAGAGCCAAUUAUCGAGGAAUCGUUUUCGAGUCUCAAUCCUAUGAUGGCUGCAAUUUCAAUGAUGUCCUUUGGCAACCCCAUCUCCUUGGAUGGACUUAAAGAUACAGAUUUUGAAUCACUUCAAAAUGAUCAGCUCUUGAGUGAGGUUUACUAUGAAUGUGAGAAGGAUCUUUUAGAGAAAGCAGCAAUACAAACACCGCUGUCUGAAGUUUUCGAUCUUAGGAGUCAGACUUCAAGUACGGAUGACAAUCAUAUUCCAGAAAACAAACCAGUUCCUGAUGCAACACUUCAGAAGAGUGUUAGCUCAGGAUGCUUAAGGUCAAUGGACUGGAUGCAAGGCCCUGCAAUGAAGUCCAGUAUUUUAGAUUUUAGUGGAAUGGAUAUCAGUGAGGUCUACGGGAUGCGGCGGGCAUUUAGCGAAGGCGAUAUCAAGACUCUUAGUAAUGGCAAUGGGAGCCAGUUCCAUUCUCCUCUCGAGAGGCCACCGCUAGUCAGCAAUUGCACCGCAGAAGAACGCAAAGAAAAACUCUCAAGAUACCGAAACAAGAGGACAAAAAGGAACUUUGGCAGAAAGAUCAAGUAUGCUUGCAGAAAGGCUCUGGCUGACAGUCAACCAAGAAUCAGAGGAAGGUUUGCCAAGACAGAAGAAUCUGAGAUGAGGAGGCAAUGAUAUUCUGAGGAAAACCAAUGGUUAGAAGAAGAAUCUGCAAUUAGUUUCUUUAGAAGGACUGAAAUGAAAUAUGUAGAAGAUAGAUUUGUAAAUAGUGUUUGCUUAAUAAAAACAAAAAGAAAAUGAAAAAGAAGAAGAAGAAGAAGCAAAAGUGUUUGUUCAUAGUAGUGCUGCUCUGUAAUGUUCAUGGUUGUAUUUUCUAAUUCAAGUUCUAUGAUCUGUAUCACUUACAGUUCCAAUUAUGGCUCCUUAAAACAUUGUCUCAAACAAUGUUUAAGUUCAUUUCAUUAUUUCAAGGUUUUGAUCUGAACUCAAACUAUGUGGAGUUUAGAAACUUCAGAGUAAAGUUGAGUUCUCCAAGGAGACAAUUCUUCA